AUGUUUGGUCACAAAACCUCAUUACUCUUCUUCUGUAAAAACCCUCAAUUUCUCUACGAUUUCAAUCGGAAUCUUCGUAAUUCGACGACAUUCAGAUGUGUUUUGGAUCAAAUUGUGCCCAAAUUCGCGGUUUCAUCGUCACUAAGCUCAGUGUUCACCUCGGGGAAUGUUAUUGCUGCGGCUGGUUCUGGGACAGUUCAUGGAGCGGUGACGUCGGCGAUAACACAGGUGGCGGUCACUGCCGUGGCGAUUGCCUCCGGGGCUUGUCUUUCCACCAAGGUCGAUUUUUUGUGGCCUAAAGUGGAGGAGCAACCUGUUUUCAAAGCAUUAGUGUUUCAGGAAGCAACUUUCAUGAUCAAUGUUUGA